AUGGUCGCCAACAGCAAGAAGGACAGAAUGGUCCUCGACAGUAAGGAGCACAGGAUGGUCCCCCACGGCAGGGAUCACAGCGACCUAACCUUGGCAGAGUCACCCCUGAGCGCAGAGACCGCCGAGGACGAGGCAUGGGCCAAGGACGAGGCCAGGGACGCGGUAUGGGGUCGGGACGAGGUAUGGGGCCGGGAUCCUAUCCCUAUACCACUGGAGUCACAGCCGCCGAACUUCCCACCGACGAUGCUCCAUGGUAAUCCGCCGCCGCACUACGGAACCGUCGGCUUCCCUCCUGUGCCCUUUGCGUCAGAUCCUCGAUCUUUUGGCCCCUUCUUCCAGCCUCCUUCACUACAAGGGAUGAACAAUGGCCCUGGUGUCCCAAACUUCCCGCAGCCGGGCCAACAAGGGGUCCAACAACCAAUACCUCCCAUGCCAAUGGGAAGCCAAGGCAGCUGGCGAGGAGCUGGAGCUGCCUGGAACCCAGCACAGGUCGCCCAAGCGGCAAGCAACCUACAGCCGCGCAACCCAGCCACAGAUAAUGCGGCUUCCAACGCUCCAGCAAACAUCCAGCAGCCUUCUGGCGGACAGCCUUCUCAGAAUAGAACUGCUAGCGCAGCACCCGCUGGAAGCCAGCCGGCUCCAAAGAGACGGGCUGGCGAAGAGCCUUCUGGCCAGAAGCCUCCUCCGAAGAAGCAUGCUGGCGGAGGAGCUUCUGGCCAAGAGCGUGGCGGAGGAGCUGGUGGAGAGGGACCAGCCGGCGAGGGAUCUCCUGACAGUGAGCCUGCCAGCAACAACAACACCCGUACUGCACUGCCAAGCAAUGCUCCUACGAUGAGCAUCUCAGAGCGCUUGGAUAGGGGCCUGAUCACAGAUGUCGCUGGUCUUACCCGUCCAGAGCAGGAUGAGCUUCUCGUUUGGGCGCGUGACAAGGGAAUGAAGUGGAAGGACAUGCCUCGCAAAUUCAAGUUCAAGGUCAAAGAGAGCACUCUUCGAGGGCGAUACCGCAUACUAAUGAAGGGCCGGCCCCCACGCAAGCCCCAGUUCACAGAGCGAGACAUCGAGCUCCUCCUUGAGGCGGUCGAGCACAUAGCCGGGGGCCAUCUUGACGACGUCGACAACACCAAGAUCAGGCGGCUGUGGGUUAGUGCGCAGGAGUACAUCAAGAAGCACGGAGGCGAGACCAAAGCCGGACCCUGGACGCUCAAGAAGAAGUACAAAGAGGUUACCGAGAGCACGGCUGGAAUCCGUAAGGAUCUGAAGCCGAGCAAGGCCAAGUGGGACCACAAGGCGUACAAGAACUUCAAGGUCCAGGGCCAGGAGGAGGCUUCUUUCGACGAUGAUGCGGAGGAGGAGCCUGCUGGAAAGCGCGAUACCCGCAACGGUGGCGCCGGCAGAAACUUGAAGGCGCCGAACAAGUUCGAGUGGGACCACGCCGAGUACGAGAAAUACGACGUCGAGUACGAGGAGGGCGCCGAUUUUGGAGAGAUGGAGGAGGACGAGAAUGAGACGCCCGACUACGAGGAGGUAGAGGAGGAGGAGGAGGAGGAGGAGGAGGAAGACUCUGACGCAUGA